AGGAAGGACGGAAGGAGAAACAGGAAGGUGGAGAAAAUGCAUGAGAGGGGGAGAUGUGAGCUAGGAUGCAAGAGGCGUCACUCAAAAGCUUCAGGGUUUUAAUGUCUGCGCUAGAGAGUGAUAAGGACAAGGACGCAGAUGGUUGAGAGGACGGAUGGAGCAGGAGAGAGAGCAGGCAAAUAAGAUGGGGCGAUAGAGACGGAGUGAAAGAAAGAGGCUGAUCGAGCAGAAAAUGUUGUCGUCGGCUCCUGAAUAGAAAGAGAGGAGAGUACUGUAUAUUUAACACCAUCUCUGGACCCAGACGGAGAAGAGAAGAGCAAGGGAGGGAGGGAGAUAUAGAGACAGGAGGAGGGUGGUAGAGAGAGAAAGAUUGGUAUCACAUGAGAGGAAGGGGAGUAAUAGCAAGGUAGGACGGCACUGAAAGCACUGAUAGGGGCGCCAGAGGCAAGGAGGGAGCAAUCGAGAGAGGAUGAAUAGAGUGGUGUGCUGAAUAACAGUGGAAGAACAGAAGGGAAGAAACAUCAGGAAAAAGAAGAAGACACUGGACUGAACAUGGAAAAGUAACAGGAGAGAGAACGUGAAGGAAAUAACUCGGAUAGUUGAAAACCGAAAGAAGGUGUUUUUCUUCGUAAAAGGAGCUGUAGGUGUGAAUGAUAAAGAAGGACACAUAACACCUGUUAUUCUUGAAUGAAGGGGUGUAACAGUUUCCAGCUGGUUGUGUUGCACUGUCUCUGCAGCAUUUUGUCUACCUGCACGGAGUUUGACCUUCCUUAGUCAGCAGGCAGAGUGAGACUGCAGAGAGAAAAAGAGCGAGUAAGAAGGAGAGGUGGAGAGAGGGAGUGUCUACAGAAAAACAGAGAGAGAGAGUGUUAAAGUGGAGUAGUAGCCGAGGGAGUUGUUGCAUUUUGAUUAGUGUGCCUGUGCAGCCUGCACUGUCCGCCCGAUGUAAGACUGUUUAGUUCUGCCUGGGACUCUAUGGAGAUACAGACCCCGUUUACCCUCAAACAGCAACCAUCUCUGAAGCCCCCGGUCCCACCCAGACUGGACUGAAGUGAUUUCCAUCUCCUCGACUGGGCCCUGGCUCUUUCUAAAAUGUCUCUUUGAAUUUGUAAUCACACCUCCAACUGUAGUGUUUUUUUAAUCCUCUGGAACAAUGGAUACGUCAGGCAACCACCAAGGGUGCCCUGCACGUGCUACCGGUGUAGGAGACUCAAGGUUGGGGGAGGCUAGGAUGGGACAGGGGAUAAGAAUGGGGGAAAGAGAGACCCCACUUAGGCUGUCACCUUUCCGUAUGCUACGAAUGCUGGACUCAUGCCGUCCUCCUGGAAGCCGUAUUGGUAUCGUCCAUGAGAAUGUGAAGAUGGGAUCAGACGGGGAGAGCGACCAGGCCUCUGGGACGUCUUCUGACGAGGUCCAGAGUCCAGUCCGGGUCCGGAUGAGGAACAACCACCAUCGGCGCAUCUCUAAUGAGGACAUCAACAAGCGCUUGUCUCUCCCAGCUGAUAUCAGGUUACCGGAGGGCUACUUGGAGAAGUUUGCCAUGAACAGCCCCCCCUUUGACAAACCCAUGAGCCGCAGGCUACGGCGUGCUUCAUUGUCUGAAAUCGGCUUUGGGAAACUUGAGACCUACAUCAAACUGGACAAACUAGGGGAGGGGACCUAUGCUACAGUGUUUAAGGGGCGAAGCAAGUUAACAGACAACUUAGUUGCUCUGAAGGAGAUCCGGCUGGAGCACGAGGAGGGCGCGCCCUGCACGGCUAUCCGGGAAGUGUCUCUACUGAAGGACUUGAAGCACGCCAAUAUUGUCACUCUCCAUGACAUUAUCCACACUGAGAAGUGCCUGACACUCGUGUUUGAGUACCUGGAAAAAGAUCUGAAGCAGUACAUGGAUGACUGUGGGAGCAUAAUGAGUGUUCACAAUGUCAAGAUAUUCCUAUUCCAGCUGUUGCGAGGUCUGGCGUACUGCCACAGAAGAAAGGUCCUCCACAGAGACCUCAAACCCCAGAACCUGCUCAUCAAUGAGAAAGGAGAGCUCAAACUGGCAGAUUUCGGUUUGGCGAGAGCUAAAUCUGUUCCUACGAAGACCUACUCCAAUGAAGUUGUGACAUUAUGGUACCGGCCACCAGAUGUGCUUCUGGGCUCCACUGAGUACUCUACACCCAUUGAUAUGUGGGGUGUGGGCUGCAUCUUUUAUGAGAUGAUCACUGGCAGACCUCUCUUCCCUGGAUCCACUGUGGAAGAUGAGCUACAUCUCAUAUUCCGCAUCCUAGGUACUCCUACAGAAGAGACUUGGACUGGAAUCACCACCAGUGAAGAGUUUAAGACGUACAAAUUUCCUCGAUACAACGCAGAGCCCCUCGUCAACCACGCACCCAGGAUAGACAACGAUGGUCACGACCUCCUCUCACUGCUUCUUCAGUUUGAGGCUAAGAAGCGGGUAUCAGCUGAGGACGCUCUGAAACACUCGUAUUUCAAAUGUUUUGGGGAGGAGGUUCAAACGCUGUCUGACAUCACAUCCAUCUUCUCUGUAAAAGGCAUUCAGCUUCAGAAGGAUCCAGGGAAGAGAUCCUCAGUCUUCCCAGAGUCAACGAUGGCCCAUAAGCUAGGCUCCGCACCCUCGCAGUACUUCCAGAGAGAAGCAGCCAAUCCCAGGGCUCAGAGUCAAAAUCUCUCCUCCACUUCCACAGGCUGAGUGGCCCCUACCGUUCUGCCCAGGGGAAGAGCAGGAGGCAGAGUGUGUUGUUUUAGUGCUGGCGGGGGCGCUGAGGUGAGGAGGACAGAGACACGUGGAGCUGUCCUGUCAGACAUACGUUCACUGACCCUGCCACACACACACUGAAGGAGCGACACACACCCUGCCACAGAAACACACACACACUGAAAAAAAUACACACACACAUACUUGAAACAAAACCACCCAGAAUUUAGGCUGAAGAAUUUGUACUUGACAAUAAAAAUAAAUAAAGACUCAGUUAAAUUAAGGAUGAGAGAAGCGGGGAAAUGCCGUAAGAAAAGUGGGAGAGUACAAGAUUCUCCUUGCUGCUACUACCGCUGCUGUCCAGAAGAGGGCAGCGUUUAAGGAGUGGGCUGGCUCGGUUUCUGAACAGAACUUGCUGCAUCAGUGAGCCGUGAGGAAGAAGGAGUGAGAAGUGGACGUCAGUCUAAGGCGAAGAAAGAGAGGGAACUUUCUUGUGCUCCUUUUCUUUUUUGUUCGGACUGUUGUUGUACAUAAAUAGACUGAGCUGUAGAACUCUGCUUUUUUCAUAACACGCCUCAGCCUGAAUCCAAACUCAGAAUAUUGCACCUGAACCCUAAACCCUCGCCUGACCUCUUGGCCCUUUAUUACGCAAUCUUUAAAACAACACAUAGAAACACAAACACACAAUCUCUUUCUUUCUCUCAUUCUCUCUCUUUCUCUAGCUCUCUUAAAUACACACACAUAAACACACACAGACACACAGACACACACACACACACACACACACACACACACACACACACACACACACACACACACACACACACACACACACACACACACUUAUGACUCACUUGAAAGUUAAGAGUCUGUAGAAAAGUGGAGUUUACAGAUAAACUUUAGCACCUUAUUGUCCAGUAGAAGUCAUGGUGGCUGUCAUUACGUUACCUCAUCACUCAAGCAGAGUAGGAUGUAAAGUACAUGCUAGAUUUAGAAUGAAGAAGAAUCAAAUAACAAACCAAAAAAACAACGAUACUACACUAAAAUAAAACACUAAAGACACUCACAAACCAGUCGUCGACAAUUAUUGCAUUUGCGUCAUGCUCACAUGCUGUAAAGAACACUACGCUGCAAGACACUCCUGUUUUUAGUAGACGAGAAGGAAAACCUGUACGGAUAGAGAGGUUUACAAAUCCUCAACUGCUUAUUCUUAGACACACCCUUUCCUCUUUUGCCUUGACUCAGAAGUUGUCUUGAUGUGCUGUGUGAUGUACAGGUGUUGAUGUUAAAACGUUCUCUUUGCACCUGCUUUUACCUCUUUAGAUCAUCCCAAACAUCUCCCUCUAAUCUCUACUCGCAUUUAUUUUUACUCUUUUUAUUUUUCAAUCUGUAUAUAUCAUACUUUUUACUCGUCAGAAGCAAUGAUACUUCCAGGAUGCUGUUCUCAGUCUUUACUGUGUUCCCACCGGAACAGUGUGUCGACUGGCUGGGGACGUGUUGCACAUUCCUUGAGCUCAGGACUUAACGCUAGUGUUGUUUUGUGGAUGCUGUGAGGUACAGCUGGUCUUGUAUGUCUCCCCAUGUGUGGCAGAGAAUGUCAAACAUGGCCUAAAACCCUUUUGCAAAGCUGGUUCAGACUAUGUGAAGGAGUAUUUUCAUCCUUUCAUUUGUCUGUGUCAUACUUAGUUAAUUUCACCAAAUGAUUGCUGUCCAGUGACUACCUUACCCACGUCUGUAGUAUACUUGUCAUCUUCUUCGAGCAUGUUUGUGUAUUAAACACUGAGUUGGUAUGUGAAAUAGCUUCUGCUGGAAAAUACCUUCAGUCGGUUUAGUGCAUGGGACAUGGCAUUACAUGAUUAUUGUUUUUACAUCAAAAAACACAUUCAACUGUAAUGGCUCCUCAUUGAGUCUGAAGACUGUUCUCUUUAAUAAAACAAAGACAAUGACAACACAGUAAUCAGCAACAAUGGCAUGUGCUGCCGGCAUUGGGACCAGAUAGUUUGUAGGACAAAUGUUCCUCGAUCUCAAUCUUUGAGCGUUUAAUAGGACUUGAAGCACUCAGACACACUGUUGUUUCCCGCUGAUAACUUUACAGGCUGCCACAAACUACAGGACCAAGUCAAUCCUCCAAGCACCAGGUGUUCAAGCACACAACUGUUUCACACACCAAUCAGUUGAAAUGUCAACGUGUACUGUAUCCUACGAGAUGGCUUGUGAGUGUAGAUUGGAGUUGCCUGUUCUUCAGGCACUGACCUCGGGUCAUUUCUGCAUCUUUUUUGAAAAUGGAUUCAAAAAGGGUGAAUUGAUCCCAUGUCUUUGCCUGUAAGAAGGACUACCUAUUAACCCAGAGUGUGACAGUAUGUAGCAUGUACAUAGUUGAUCCCUUGCUCUGUAUAUAUAGAAGUGUACAGGUUUGAAACAGCUGUUCACACUCUGGCUUUUUUUUGCUUUUCCUUUAUGAAAGUCAUAGCAAUAUUUCUGUAAUCAAUAAAAAGCCAAGGUAAUAGGGAGAGUGUGAUUGCAUUUGUGUUACUUUAGCGAAGGAGAAAUGACUGUGAAUGAUCAAACUGUGAGACUUGACUUGAGGGUUUUUUUUCUUGCGGUUUAACAUGCUGGAUCCAAAAGGCUGGACUGAAGUAUCAUGUUGCAAAGGAGUAUAACACACUGUUUGUUUUUAUUUUUAUCAAUGAAAGCCAUAAAGGUGACAAUGGUCUGUGUGUGAGGGGUGUGAACCAUGUUUGAGCACAGACCGAAGCUGGAUGACGUGUACACCUAAUAAAUAAAAUAAUGUAAUUACCUUU